UAACUAUCGCAGACUCAACUUAGGGGAGUCCCCAUGAACAUUUCUUUACGUCAUUUAGCAUAACUAUUUAUAGCGUCUAGUGGGAACUUACGCGAGGAAAAUAUUCAAAGUUGUGGAAUUAAUCUUCAAUUUCUCACCAAAGUUUUUAAAGGCAUUUGUAAACAAAACAUCUCUUGAAAUCGUGUAAUAAUUUGUAUCCUUCAGGCGCCCAGCUGUUCCCGUAGUCAUGGAAGGCCGCUCGGUAAGGGCGGCGUCCACGGGGGCGCCGGGUGUGGGCGCAGGCGGGCCGGGUGGCGGAGCCCCGGCGGUUGGGGGCCCGGCGGCUGGAGGCCCGGUGACUGGGGGCCCGGCGGCUGGGGCCCCGGCGACGGGCAGCCCAGGUGGCGGGACGGGAUCGUCGCCGCGCCACGCCGCUCGCCGCCGCGUCGACCGCGAACCACCCGACAUGCACCCUAACACCCCGCACAAGCGGAGGAUAAUCGUGUCUGGGUUCCCGAGCUACGCGCAGGCCCACGACCUGCUGGAGGCGUUCCGUCGCUUCGGCAACGUGCGCGUGGACAAGCUGUGCGCCUGGGCCUGCGUGCUGAGCUUCCCCGACGCGCGCGAGGCGGCGGCGGCGGCGGCGGCGGGCGCGCGGCGGCCGCACGUGUACGGGCACGUGCUCAGCGUGCGGCCCUACUCGCCCGCCGCGCUGCAGCUGCUGCGCCCGCCGCCGCCCGCCGCGCCCAAGCGCGACUUCCCCAUGAGCAAGCAGAAAGGUGUGAUCAUAGACCCUAAGAAAUUAGAGCUGACAGGUGACUUCCACUGCCAGCUAGACAAGAUCCUGUCCGCCGUGCGGCUGACGCAGGAGAACGUGAAGACGCUCAGCCAGCUCUACACCGACCUGGAGAGCGCGCUGCAGGUGCAGUGGCCAGGUUGCAAAGCGGUCCCGUUCGGGUCAAUAACUACUGGGUUGGGCAUAAAGACAAGCGACGCAGACUGUUUCAUCAACAUCCCGGGGCAGUACCGCGUGCCCAACGGCAACUACGUGAACAAGGCCAAGCGCGUGCUCAUGCAGCAUCCCGACACGUUCGCGGAGAUCCUGGCCAUCCCGCGCGCCAACACGCCCAUCGUCAAGUUCUUCCACAUCCCCACCAGCACCAACUGCGACGUGACCUUCAAGACGCCGCUGGGCGCGCAGAACAGCCGCCUGGUGGCCUUCCUGCUGCACUCGGACCCGCGCCUGCUGCCCAUGGCCGUGCUCAUCAAGUACUGGGCCAAGGUGCACGACCUGUCGGGCACGGGCAAGCUCACCAACUACGCGCUCACGCUGAUGAUCGUGUUCUACCUGCAGCAGCUGCCCAUCGCGCUGCUGCCGUCCGUGGAGUGGCUGCAGGCGGCGGGCGGCGCGGCCUACCUGGUGGACGGCUGGGACACGGGCUUCCGCGCGGACUCCGCCUUGCCGCCCACCGCCAACACCUCCAGCAUCGCCGAGCUGCUCGGCGGCUUCUUCGAGUACUACGCCAAGUUCAACUUCGAUGACUUGGUCAUCUGCCCGUAUUUUGGCACUCCCGUUAAAAAAGAGUUAUUCAAAGACACCGCCAAGAUGCCUAACGAGUUCCAACGAUACAAGACGAAUGUUCUGAAUAACUACGCGUUGCCGCUGAGGUAUCAGACGGCCUUCUGUGUGCAAGACCCAUUCGAACAGUGUCACAACGUCGCUUCCACGAUAACCAACCGACUGGCAGGAGAUCUCAAAUGCUACUUCAUAUUUGCUGCGGACGCGUACGAAAAAGAUAAACUAAAUGGUUGUCAAAACUUUCUACCGAUUAUAUUACAAGAAAAACCUAAACUGCUCAGAGGAAAGUCACAUCCUGAGUACAGAGUGAAUUUGUUCCCUCGACUACUCAAUACUAUUAUGGAGUCAGAGUGGAAGGUAGUCGUAAGAGAUUUGGUAAAAGACAUCUUCGAAAAUCUAUUCAAAAUCAAACUGACUUUGCUUGAAGAAACUGUCAAUCCUGAAACUAAAAAAGAAAAAGAGAAGUAUUCGGCAUGCCUGAACAAAGCUAUCUGGAAGAGAAAGUCGUUUUCUAAGCUGUACAGCAUUGUUGACAUGACGUUUGUCGAGAGGCAAGCCAAGAUCACGGAAGAAAUAAUAACUGCAGAUAAGCAUGACCUGGGCAUACAGUUCCUGUUGAUCUUGACGUUCUGUAAUGACCCCAAGAGCGCCGUAGUGGCCGUGCGGCUGGUCACCGGGGAUGUGCACGUUUUUAGAGAUUUCGGCAAGUUCUUCAUGUCCUCAUGGCAAACCUGGUUUACACAGAUGCUUAAACAAUUUUUGAUAUCACACUGUCGGAGCGACACCAUAGACGAUUCUAUAGAAUUGGACAACAAUGAUAUUGGAAUGGAAUCUGAUUACGAUGAUGAAGACACGCUCAACUCCAAAUCAGAGUCUCCAGAACAUGAGCCCGUGAAGAACAACACGAAAACUGUCGAAACAGUGUCGGGUGAGGCUGUGUCCAGUACCAAAAUAGAAACUCAGGCAAACCAUGCAGAUGAAUGCAUGACUAACAAGAACGAAAAGCUGAAUAAUACUACCGAAACUUUAACUGAAAAUGCCGAAACAUUGCCCGUAAACAGCAACCUCCCGACGUCAGACGCCGCUACUUUGAUCAAAAGCGCCGACGCAUUGAUCAGAGCUAUCAACAUCAACGGCUCCCCAACAAGUGAGGUCAGCGAGUUGACUGUCGCUUGCGCACAAAAGUGACGUUACAGAAGCCAUGUUCUGUCUUGAGACUGUAAAGUUUUUUUUUUACUUAGUGUAAAAAUCGUUCUAUCAAUAGACAUAGUGAAUACAAAUUAUUUUAAUAUUAAGCUAAGUCACGUACGAUUUAUUUUUAUGCGGUUUUUAGAAAUUUUAAUUUCAACUAUAAUCAAAGUUGUUUGAUUUCUUAACCUGCCCUGCUUUAUUUAAAAAGUGAUCAUCAAAAUUAUUUCUAAGAAAUUCUGCUCUUUCGUGGACUUUAGAGAAUAAAGCAGCCCUACAUUGUGUUGUCUAAAUAAGUAUGCUGCUACAGUAAACAGCGCAGUCAUUUCUUCUUCGCAGGCAUUUCUCGUGUGAGAAGUUAGGUUUCGCACAAACUGUCCUAUUAUGGCAAUUAAUAAAAGUAUGUAUGCAAUACAAACAAAAAAAAAUCAUUUUUAGAUUUAGUAAAUGUGGUGUUAAAGGUAUAACGGGAAAGAAAUAUCAAAAUAAGACGUUCAAAUAUUAUUAUGCUAGACCAGUUUAUUUUCUGACCUACAAAAUAGUUUAUUAUUGCAUUUCUUUUUUCAAAAUGUAUUAAAAUAGUAGGGAACACAUAAUAAUUAUAACAAUACUGACACCUUAGCCGCUACUAUCGGUUAAAGUAAGAAUGAAUUUAAAGAAAUGUUAAUGCUGCAUGAUAAAAUAAAAUAGAAAAAUGAGAAAUCUUAUACAUUCGUUGUUUUAUUUUGACAUUACUUUCAAAUGUUUGGCCUUUGAACAAAUUAUGUCGUAGAUAACUAGGUAUGAAUUAAAUCUAAAUAGGUACAAAAUAGAGUUACGCCAGACACUGGCUCGUUCUUUACAGUUGGAGACUGAUGUCAUGUUUGUUAAGUUAUAUUUUAUCAUAUAUGUAAAAUAGAAAGAAAAAUACCCUUUGACAAUAUUAAUUCAAGUUCAUGUUGACUUCCGUUAUAAAUAACUACCUAUAAAUGUUAAUAAAAUAUUGGAAUUGAAUGCUAAAAUUUUAUUUUAAUAAUUGAGUGUAUUUUUCGUGAUACAUGGAUUUUAUUGUUUCAAUUAUGUAUUCCGAGAGUCAGAAAAUUGUAUCAAAGACAAUAAUAUAAUUUUGUGGAACCAAA